CGGCUCGCCCAGGUCGGGAGGAAUCUUCCGGAGGUGGCCUCAGCCCACCGGAGCCAGGCGCAGCAGCCGAGAUGGGAGGCCCGAAGCCGCCCACCACCGCGCUCCUCUGCGUGUGCGCCGCCGCACUAGCCGCAGCCCAGGGGCCCCGUUUUCUGCUGACAGCCCCAGGGAUCAUCAGACCUGGAGGAAAUGUGACUGUGGGGUUGGAGCUUCUGGAACACAGUCCCCCACAGGUCACUGUAAAGGCUGAGGUGUUCAAGAUAGCAUCAAACCAAAAUGUUUCUGUUCUGGAAGCAGAAGGAGUCUUUGAAAAAGGUUCUUUCAAGAUUCUUACUCUUCCAUCACUACCUGUGAACAGUGCUGAUGACCUUUAUGAGCUGCAUGUAACUGGACGUGCUCAGGAUGAGAUUUUAUUCUCUAAUAGCACACGGUUAUCAUUUGAGACCAAGAGAAUAUCUGUCUUCAUUCAAACUGACAAGGUGCUAUAUAAGCCAAAGCAAGAAGUAAAGUUUCGUGUUGUUACACUUUUCUCAGAUUUCAAGCCUUAUAAAACAUCACUGAAUAUUCUCAUUAAGGACCCAAAGUCCAAUUUGAUCCAACAGUGGCUGUCUCAACAAGGUGAUCUUGGAGUCAUUUCCAAAACUUUUCAAUUAUCCUCCCAUCCAAUACUUGGUGACUGGUCCAUUCAAGUUCAAGUGAUUGACCAGACUUAUUAUCAAUCAUUUCAGGUCUCAGAAUAUGUCUUACCAAAAUUUGAAGUUGCUUUGCAAACACCAUUAUAUUGUUCUUUGAAUUCUAAGAAUUUAAGUGGUACAGUCACAGCAAAGUACACAUAUGGGAAACUAGUGAAGGGGGAUGUAGUGCUUACAUUUUUACCUUUAUCCUUUUGGGGAGAGAAGAAAAAUAUUACAAAAAACUUUAAGAUAAAUGGAUCUAUGAACUUUUCUUUCAACGAUGAAGAAAUGAAAAAUGCAAUGGAUUUUUCCAGUGGGCAUUCUGAAUACAUGGAUUUGUCCACCCCAGGGCCGGUAGAGAUUGUAGCCACAGUGACGGAGUCUCUCACAGGUAUCUCAAGAAAUGCCAGUGCCAAUGUGUUUUUCAAGCAGCAUGAUUACAUCAUUGAAUUUUUUGAUUAUGCUACAGUCUUGAAGCCAUCCCUCAACUUCACGGCUACAGUGAAGGUCACCCGCUCUGAUGGCAAUCUGCUGACUCUUGAGGAAAGAAGAAAUAACAUUGUCCUGGAGGUCACCCAGAGAAACAAUACCAAUAUGUGGAGCAGGUGGAGUAGCAGAGAUCAGGAGAUGAAUGCUGUCCACAUCAUCAAUUAUACUGUCCCCCAAAAUGGAAUCUUGAAGAUUGAAUUCCCAGUCCUGGACAAUUCCAGUGAACUGCAAUUGAAGGCUCAUUUUCUUGACAGUGUAAGUAACAUGGCAGUUCAUGGCAUGUUUACAUCUCCUAGUAAGACAUACAUCCAGCUUAAAACAAGACAUGAAAAUGUAAAGGUGGGAUUACCUUUUGAAUUGGUGGUUAGUGGCAACAAGCAAUUGAAGGAUUUUAGUUAUAUGGUAGUAUCAAGGGGACAGUUGGUGGCUGUUGGCAAACAAAAUUCAACAACCUUCUCUUUAACACCUGAAAAUUCUUGGGCUCCCAAGGCCUGUCUAAUUGUGUAUUAUGUUGCAGAUGAUGGGGAAAUAAUAAGUGAUGGUCUAAAAAUUUCUAUUCAGCUUAAUUUUAAAAAUCAGAUAAAGCUAUUUUGGAGUAAAAAUCAUGCAAAACCAUCUGAGAAAGUCUCCCUUAGGAUCUCUGUCACACAGCCAGGCUCCAUAGUUGGCAUUGUGGGUGUUGACAAGAGUGUGAACUUGAUGAAUGCCUCAAACGAUAUUACAAUGGAAAAUGUGGUCCAUGAGUGGGAACUUUAUAACACAGGAUAUUAUUUAGGCAUGUUCAUGAAUUCUUUUGCUGUCUUUCAGGAAUGUGGACUCUGGGUGUUGACAGAUGCAAACCUUGUAAAGGAUUCUAUUGAUGGUGUUUAUGAGACUGCAGAAUAUGCUGAGAGGUUUAUGGAAGAGAAUGAAGGAUACUCGAUAGAUAUGCAUGACUUUUCUUCAGUUAGAAAUCCACAUGUCAGAAAGCAUUUUCCAGAGACUUGGAUUUGGCUGGACACCAACAUGGGAUCCAAGAUUUACCAUGAAUUUGAAGUAACUGUACCUGACUCUAUCACUUCUUGGGUGGCUUCUGCUUUUGUGAUCUCAGAAGAUUCAGGUCUUGGAUUAACAACUGCCCCAGUAGAGCUUCAAGCCUUUCAACCAUUUUUCAUUUUUUUGAACCUUCCUUACUCUGUUAUCAGAGGUGAAGAAUUUGCUUUGGAAGUAACCAUAUUCAAUUACUUGAAAGAUGCCAUUGAGGUUAAGGUAAUCAUUGAGAAAAGUGACAGUUUUGAUAUUUUGUUGACUACAAAUGAAAUCAAUGCCACAGGCCACCAGCAGACCCUUCUGGUUCCCAGGGAGGAUGGGACCACCCUUCUCUUUCCUGUGAAGCCAAUGCGUCUAGGAGAAAUUCCCAUCACAGUGGUAGCUAUUUCACCCAGUGCUUCUGAUGCUGUAACCCAGAAGAUCUUAGUGAAGGCUGAAGGAAUAGAAAAAUCAUAUUCCCAGUCCAUCUUAUUAGACUUGACUGACAACAAACUGAAGACUACCUUGCAAACUUUGAGCUUCACACUUCCUGCUAAUGCAGUCAGUGGUAGUGAAAGAGCCCAGAUCAUUGUGAUUGGAGACAUUCUUGGUCCUUCCAUCAAUGGCUUAGCCUCACUGAUUCGGAUGCCUUAUGGUUGUGGUGAGCAGAACAUGAUAAAUUUCGCUCCAAAUAUUUACAUUUUGGAUUAUCUGACUAAACAGAAACAACUGACAGAUAGUUUGAAGGAGAAAGCCCUUUCCUUUAUGAGGCAAGGCUACCAAAGGGAGCUUCUCUACCAGAGGGAUGAUGGCUCUUUCAGUGCUUUUGGGAAUGAGGACCCUUCAGGGAGUACUUGGCUAUCAGCGUUUGUUUUAAGAUGCUUCCUUGAAGCUGAUCCUUAUAUAGACAUUGAUCAGAAUGUGUUACACCGAACAUACACCUGGAUCAGAGAACAUCAGAAAUCCAAUGGUGAAUUCUGGGAGCCAGGAAGAGUGAUCCACAGUGAACUUCAAGGUGGAAAUACAAGUCCAGUAACACUUACAGCCUAUAUUGUGACUUCUCUCCUGGGAUACAGAAAAUAUCAGGCUAAUAUUGAUGUACAAGACUCUGUCAAAUUUUUGGAGUCGGAAUUCAACAGGGAAAUUUCAGACAAUUAUACUUUAUCUCUUAUAACCUAUGCACUGUCAUCGGUGGGGAGUCCUAAAGCAGAGGAUGCAUUGCAUAUGCUGACUCAGCGCGCUGAACAAGAAGGAGGCUUGCAGUUCUGGGUGUCAUCAGUGCCCAUGCUGUCUGAGUCCUGGCAGCCAUGCUCCCUGGACAUUGAAGUUGCAGCAUAUGCACUACUCUCUCACCUCCUUCAACACAAGGUUUCUGAGGGAAUCCCAGUCAUGAGGUGGCUAAGCAGGCAAAGAAACAGCUUGGGAGGUUUUGCAUCUACCCAGGAUACUAUUGUGGCCUUAAAGGCUCUAUCUGAGUUUUCAGCCCUAAUGCACACUGAAAGGACAGAUAUUGAAGUGACUGUGAUGGGACCUAGCUCACCAAGACCUGUAAAGUUUCAGAUUGAUACACAGAACCGCUUUCUCCUUCAGACAGCAGAGCUUGCUGUGGUACAGCCAACUGCAAUUAAUAUUUCUGCAAAUGGUUUUGGAUUUGUCAUUUGUCAGCUCAACGUUAUUUAUAAUGUGAAAGAUGUAGGGCCUUUUAGGAGACGGAGAUCUAGUCAAAACUCGGAGGCUUUUGAUCUAGAUGUCAAUGUGAAAGAUGAUCAGGAUGAUGUCAAUCACGUGAAUUUGAAUGUGUGCACAAGAUUUUUGGGCCCAAAGAGGAGUGGUAUGGCCCUGAUGGAAGUCAACCUUCUCAGUGGCUUCACUGUGCCCUCAGAUGCAGUUCCUCUGAGUGAGACUGUGAAGAAAGUCGAGCAUGAUCAUGGAAAACUCAAUCUUUAUUUAGAUUCUGUAAAUGAAACCCAGUUUUGUGUUGAUAUUCCUGCUAUGAGAAACUUUAAAGUUUCAAAUACUCAAGAUGCAUCUAUAUCUAUAGUGGACUACUAUGAACCAAGGAGACAGGCAGUGAGAAGUUACAACUCCAACAUGAAGCUGGCAUCCUGCAACCUUUGUGGAGAUGUUCCAGGCUGCCGCACUUGUGACAGUGGAGCCUUGGCCUCCUUUCAUCAUUCUUCUACCCUCUUCAUUGUCUGUCCUAUGCUUCUGUGGUGUUUGUAACACUGGUUGUGGUUUAUUUCUUAAGGACUCCAUGUAAAACUACCAUUUCCAGAGGCCAAGGGUGAUUGCUUUGUUUCCAUAAUGGAUUAUUGCCUUAACUACUUUAAAGAGCAAUCAUUUCCUUCCAUGGAGCUCUGGGAAUGUAUGCAACAGGUCCAGAAUGUGAGCUACAUGCAUUUCUCCACCUUACUUGUAUGGGAGAGGAUCAGAUAGUUGUAGUUAUGUACCUUUAUUUUCCCCUCUUGAAAUCUGCUAGAAUUUAUUUCAUAAAUGUUUGUUUUCUCCAGAAUAAAAGUAUUAUUUUGGAUUA